GAACCGUGGAUACACGGCAAUAAAAUCUGCAGACUUGGAAUGAAGGGCUUUAAGCUUAUUGCCGCACAAAAUGCAGCUUAGUGACGGCGAUCUGGUAGUGGCAAGCAUUGAGCUGGACAAAACCAGCUUUUGGGUAGCCUCUGCCUACAUGGCCCAUGACAAGUACGUGCCACCAGAUGGGUUUCGGACCUUGGCCGAGGAAGCAGCCUUCAAGAACAAACCACUGGUUGCCUCCUGCGACGCUAAUGCCCACAACUUGAUGUGGGGGAGUACGGACACGAAUGCUAGAGGUGAGUCGUUACUAGACUUCAUUCUAGGGGACAAACUUAGUGUUUUGAAUUUAGGCUCAGAGCCGACCUUCAUAACAAAGAGUAGAGAGGAAGUUUUGGACAUAACUCUGGCUUCAGACAUGUUUGCCCAUAAAAUCAAGAGAUGGAGAGUACUGAAGGAAAAAUCGUAUUCUGACCAUCGUUAUAUUGAAUUCGAAAUAGAUCUUAAGACCCCCCAAGUAAGGGAGUUCAGAAAUGUUAGAAAUACCGACUGGGGGGUUUACAAUAAUAAAUUAAGGACUUUACUGCCAAAGAUACCUCCCCGAGACCCCGCCACGCAGGUGGAGCUGGAUGGGUUGGUUAAUCAGGUUACUAAAGCCAUGAACAGUUCUUUGUCAGCCGGGUGCCCGGUUGUUCGAUACAGGGGAAAAAAGCAAACCACCUUGGUGGUCGAAACAAUUAUCCUUGUUACGUGA